CUGAGCUGUAUAUGCUUCCGACCGUUAUUUCCAGGAACAAGCGAGCUCGACCAACUCUUCAAAAUCGUCACCAUUUUGGGAACGCCCAGUAAGGAGGAUUGGCCGGAAGGAUAUCAAUUAGCCACGGCAAUGAAUUUCCGUUUUCCACAAGCACCACCCGCCCCAAUGGAGACGAUUGUGAACACAGCCGGUAAGGAUGGUAUGAAACUGAUGAUGGAUAUGAUGCUGUGGAACCCGGAAAAAAGGCCCAAUGCUGCACAGUGCCUCAAGUACAAAUACUUCCAAGUGAACGAGAAACUAGGAGCCCCUGUUAUGAGCCAGCCAGCACCAGGAAGCACGAGAAAAACGAGUGCAGGCAGUACGCAGAGCGACACCAAGGCUGUCAUUGGCAAACAAAAGGUGGUCGCUAAGGAAUAUCCAGGUUCUGAAAACGUCUCGCCUCAAGGAAAACCGAUCGAACGUCACUUGAAUCGAAAUAUUCCAAUCAAUAAAUCGAAUCUGUUCGAAAAGCUCGAUGAAAAUGCAACAAAGCCGGAGAAGACAGAAGUAGUAAAGAACAAAUCGGGCGAGAAAAAGCCGGCCAAGGAGAUUUACUUGUCUAAAUCGAAAUUCAUCCCAGGAGCAGUACCUAAGGAAGGAGGUGGAAAUAACACGUUGGCUGUUGGUGGAGCACCAAGCGCUAAAAGUCGCUCAGCAGUACAGGCUAGGUUCGAAUACGCAUACGGUUAG